AUGGUACACCGACAUCCCGACUCGCGUCUUCUGGCCUCGCUGAUUAGCGCUGAGUCUUCAUACUCGAAGCAACUCCAGAGCCUGCUGGCACACUCGGCGUCCUCGCUUGCCGCGUUCUCUGCCUACGCAGCAGCCUCUGCGCCGCCGACGUCCCAUGUAAUUAUCUCAGUCGCUACCUGCCUUGCCAAUGUGGACGGCGCGGUGGAAGGAUAUUACAAUGCGCUGGAGGAGUGGAAGGCGUGUCUGAAGCAGGUCAAAGAAGCAGAGGAUGAAGUGUCGAACAUUCUACGCGAUCGUGAUAUAUUAGUGACCCGCCUUCUCAAGGCCUCCAAGUCUGGUAAAUCCAACCGUGACUCCCUCGUCAACAUGCGGGCCUCCAUGUCGGAGACUUCUCUGGGCUCGUCUGGAUUCACCCCUUCCGGAAAGCUUGCAUCCGCGCAGACGGAGCUCCAGGCAUGCGAAGCACAACUUUCAGUGAAGGAGAAAGAGCUGGAGGAAAUCCGCGUUGGCAUGAUCAAGAAGGGGCUGGAGGCGCGGUGUAGGGCCCUCGUGCAGUGCGCUGCAACGUGCGGGGAGAUGGGCCGCGAAGCACUGGGCGCGCUGGAUCACAUCAGCAACUUCAAUCCCUCCUCAUACAAACCCCUACCCCUACCCAAUUCAGACCAAACCACCGGUAACGGGCAAGGUGGGCCACCCUCCGACCUCUCCUCGCUCACGCCCUCACAGUCCGCCUCCCAAGUCCAUCUUUCGCUAGACGACCCCGCGCCUUCGCGCCGAUUCUCCUCCGUCUCGAGCUCCAACGUGCACGUUCAUGUCCCUCCCGCCCACUCAAUCUCCGAAUUUGUACUGCCGCAUGCUCUGGAGCGGAGGAUCACCGAGGAGCCCGAGGGAGGGAGCAGCGAGAGCGAGGAAGAGGGCCCCGUGGAGGUGCGGGAGAACGAGCGGUUCGCGCGGCCUGCGAACCCGAAGCGCGCGUCGACGUUCUCGGUGAGAGGCGGGGAUCGAGGGCAUGUAAGGUUCCCGACGUCGGUUUCUGACGUAGGCCCCGUCUGGGAAGCCGGCCAUGAGGACAAGAGGAGAACGAGGAGCAAGAGCUUCUUCGGUGGACUGGCUACUCUAUGGAGGGGGAAAUCGCAUGCGGAUAGUUACGGAGACACUUCGGACAGGCUCGGGAAUAAGAAGGGAUGGCAGACGCGUACCGACAGGAAUCUACGGAAGAGGAGGGACAGCAGCAGUGACGAAGAGGGGCCGAGCACGCGUGGCAUCGGGGCGGCGGGAAGUUUGAAGUACGGCCCUGACGGUUGGAGUUCCGUGGGCGGCAGUGCGACCCCUGGGGGAACCCAGCGGUUGAAGAAAAGAACACCGAAGAGGGAGUCGCUACAAGAUAAAGGCUGGAUGAGCGAUGGAGCUGCCGCUAGCGGAUCAAACACCGGCACUAUCAGGCGAAGCACUAAAGGGAAAGAACGCGAAGUCAACGGCGGACCUCCGCCAGCUUUCACUAGCGCGUCAAAUACGAGGGAGACGAAGUCUAUACUGACAUCGGGUUUCCCUCCCGGCGGCUCCGGAACAUUAUCCAGGGACUCGUCCAUUUCCAAGCGCUCAACUCUGAGCGCAGCCUCCGCUCCCUCGAUCAUCAAUACCUCGAGGAUACCCGCGAAGGCCGGGCCUGCUAGGAGUAACAGCGUCACGGCCCAUGGCAAACGCGGAGGAUCCCUAGAUACACAACGGCCUAAUCAUGGUUCCUCGUCAUUAAACGAGAGCUCGAGCACGGCCACCGUCACCUGGGCAGACUCCCCGUCGUCCAGAGACAAGGGCAAGACGGCUGGGUCUUCGACUAUCAAAAGCCAGCGCAGACUGGACGGGCUCCCGAAUUCGGGCUCGCAGAGUUUAAUGAGUAUCGUCGAGGACGUGUCCAAGAUGAACAGGGUCGGGUUCACCGGGGCUGGCACGGACUUGAAGCUGGAGAUGCCCCGGGCGCCGCCGCCGGUCACGAGGGAGAGGCUUGAGGCUGAGCUCGCUCAGAGCGAGCCGAGCCCGAGUAGAAGUCAGAGCCGCUUGUCCCGCUCGAACUCUGCUACGGCGAAGAGCGCCAGCCGGCCCAGUGCGACGCUUGCGCCGACGGUGCACCAGCCCGUGCCAGGGAUGAAGCCGUUGAAGUCUGCGCUCCGUACCUCGAGUCGCUCACCGUCUCCCGCUGCUCCCCAGCGGACGCAGCUCUAUGACAAUGGCCCGAGUUCUCUGUCUAACGGUGAUGUGUCCAACGGCAAUGCUGCUCAGAAUGGCGGUGGGGACGAUGCCGCGUCGAUUAUGAGCUUCGAGACCGCUCACGAGGUAUUCGACGACGAUCCUAGCCCGACCCCGCGGAGCCGCAGCCCUGACGGGACCGACCUGUCGACCUCGACCGCGUCGACAGCCACCAAGGUCAGUGCGGGUGCUGCGCCGGUAAGGAGGAAGAGCGUGCGGAUGUCUCUCGAGCCGACGUUCUCUCCCACCCCGCCUGCCUUGGACGAUAGCGAGCGACACGAACCUUGGAGUGACGCUCGUAGCAGCGCAGAAAAGCCUCGGAGAGCGGCUAACGACGCCGAUGCUGAUGGAUGGGCGAUGCGCAAUGGGCGGAAGAGUAGGGCGGAGGAGAAGGAUGUCUGGGACGACUCGAGCGCGGAAGAAGAUGAGGAGUAUGGGCUUGCCAGACGACUGUUGGCCAAGACUGGGAAGGGCUAUUGAGGCCCGGCAUCGGGCGUGGUUGUUCGUGGUCUGUCUAUGUCGCCUUUUUGGUGUCGGAUGUUUGCCGUAUUUUAUGGGUCACUUAAUAAAUGUAUAGUACCUUGUUUCGACCCCACGAGAUGGAUGUCCUAUGUAGAGUAUGUACCGGUAAUCGUAGAUGGAUUAACGAAUAUAUACGUGUUGGUUUUUUGCUG